UGCGUAGCCGGAAAUCUAAUGAUAAAACACCAACAUAAUGACUUCCAAUCCGACUUGUUCGUGAUGUUCGAAACUGUCGGCGCACAAUUGACUCUUGUAACAGGACAAGGUAAAUCAAGAACGGUAACUAUGGGAGAAUUCCUGCAGACAAACAUGCGAAGAACGGUUAUAUUAAACGUUAUGUUGCCUCCUUUGAAUAAGACCUAUUUGGUUACAACUAUGAAGAUAAUGCCUAAAUCCCAAAAUGCGCACGCUAUAGUCAAUGCUGGUUUUCUAUACAAAUUAGCCAAUAAUUCGACAGUCACUCAAGCCAGGAUCGUCUACAACGGCAUCUCACCGACAUUCGUAAGGGCUUUAGGAACCGAGAAAUUCCUAAUCGGAAAACCGUUGUUCAAAAACGAAACUCUUCAGUCGGCUUUGAACAAUUUGAAGAAGGAUCUGAACGCCACUGAAAUGCCUCCCGAACCAAGCGCAGCGUAUAGACAGCAGCUGGGUUUGGCAAUGUUUUAUAAGGGUCUCUUAUAUUUUUGUUCAUCAAACAACAUAAAUCCAAGGUAUCUCUCUGGAGCUACAUUUCUCCGUAAGGCAAGACCUUUAUCACGUGGAGAGCAAAAUUAUGAAACAAAUUCUGCACUUUGGCCUUUAAAUCAGCCAAUCCCAAAGUUAGAAUCAUUGAUACAAUGUGCAGGUGAAGCAGAGUAUGUGGAUGACAUACCCUCGUUACCUUAUGAAGUAUUUGGUGCGUUCGUUUUAAGUACUGUUGCUCUGGGACAGAUCGCCUCAAUAGACGCUUCAGAAGCUUUGAAAAUAAAAGGAGUUAUAGCAUUCUACACGGCUAAAGACAUUCCUGGCAAAAAUUCGUUCAUUCCAAAAGAAGCGGUUAACACAUCAGAUGAAGAGAUUCUUUGUUCUGGGGACGUCAAAUACUAUAAUCAACCUUUGGGGAUAAUUGUAGCUGAAUAUCAACAUAUAGCUGUAAUCGCUGCUAAAAAUGUUAAAAUCAAGUAUACAAAUAUCCGGAAACCAGUACUAGAUAUUAGUGAUGCUAUAAGAGACCCAAAGAGAAAUUCAAUACUAACCUCUGUAGACGCAACGACUAGAGGUCAUGAUACCACACAAGUUGUCAAAGGAAAUGCCACUAUUUAUGGGCAAUACCACUUUAGUAUGGAAAUUUUAGUUUGUGUAACGCUUUCAACUGAAGAAGGAUUACAGGUCUAUCCUUCUGUCCAAAAUAUGGAUGGUGUGCAGGCUGUGAUAUCAAAAGCUUUGAAUUUAGACGCUAAUAGGAUAGACAUAAAAGUCCGGCGUUUAGGAGGAUCUUACGGUAUCAAGGUCACGAGGUCCAACCAAGUAGCCGUGUCGUGCAGUUUGGUAUCAUUCAAAUUGAACAGGCCAUGUCGCUUCGUACUUCCACUCUCAACUACUACAAGAGCUUACGGAAAGAGAUUUCCGUGUAUUGCUGAUAUGGAAGCUGGAAUAAACCGAAGUGGAAUAAUUCAAUACUUAAAUUUCAAAUUGUACGAAGACAAUGGUUAUAAAGUCAAUGAGAUCAUACCUUCAAUCAGUAGAGAUGUUUAUAAUAACUGCUAUGAAAAAUCUACGUGGUCAUUUCAGUGUAUUAAUACAAUCACCGAUACUGCUAAAAACAGCUGGUUCAGAGCACCUGGCACACUAGAGGCUGUGUCAUUCGUUGAAUUAUUUAUGGACAGAAUUGCCUACGAAGCAAAUUUAGAUCCUAUAGAAUUAAGGCUUGCUAACUUAGAUCCAGCACAUAAAGAUCUAAGAGAAAUGCUUGACACUUUAAUUAAGGAAUCCAAAUAUAAAGAACGAAGAAAAGCAGUUGAAAUUUUUAAUAAGAAUAACAGAUGGCUGAAAAAGGGAUUGCGUUUUAGUUUCUUAAAAUGGGCUAGCACUAUUGCCCCUUAUUUUGAUGUAAAUAUAUCAGUUUAUCAUGUAGACGGUACUGUGUCAUUGACCCAUGGCGGAAUAGAAAUGGGUCAAGGUAUAAACACAAAAGCAGCACAGAUCUGUGCGUAUUUUCUAAAAGUCCCGUUAGAAAAAGUUCAAGUUAAAGCAACGAAUACCAAUAUCUGUCCCAACAGCUCUAUUACUGCUGGUAGCUUUACGAUACUUAGUAUAGGAAUAGGUGUUGAGAGGAGUUGCAAAGAUUUGUUGCAGAGAUUGGAACCGAUCAGAUCCAAAAUGCCUGAUGCCACGUGGCAAGAAUUGAUAGCCAAAGCGUUCGAAGAAAAUGUUGAUUUACAAGCUCACGGCUUCGUAAAUAGGAAUGAUGUUGUUGCACAAAAAUAUAAUAUUUACGGUAUAACACUGUCUGAAGUUUUAAUUGAUGUACUUACCGGAGAAUAUGAAGUGCUUCGAGUAGAUAUACUGGAGGAUGUCGGUCAAAGUGUCAGUCCCGAGAUUGAUGUUGGACAAAUAGAAGGGGCUUUCAUAAUGGGCUUAGGAUACUGGACCACAGAGAGACUAGUCUAUGACAAGAAGACCGGAGAACUACUGACCGAUACCUCUUGGACUUACUAUGUUCCACAAGCGCGUGAUAUACCGCAGGAUAUGAGAGUUUAUUUCCGAAAGAAUUCUUAUAGUAACCGACCCAGUUUUGGAUCUAAAAUGACCGGGGAGCCGCCAAUGUGCAUGACAAUUUCUGUGCCGCUAGCUAUUAGAGAAGCCAUCACAUCUGCGCGACGAGAAUCCGGGAUACCAUCAACGCAGUGGUUUGACAUUGAUGGGCCCUACAAUUUGGAGAGCGUGUGCUUGUCAUCGGCGACAGACAUAAAAUAUUUCAAAUUUUAUUAAUAAUCAUAUUUUA